AUGGCCAGAACCAAGCAAACUGCUCGCAAGUCCACUGGUGGUAAAGCCCCCAGAAAGCAGCUCGCCACUAAGGCAGCCCGCAAAAGCGCUCCUGCUACAGGUGGAGUGAAGAAACCUCAUCGCUACAGGCCUGGUACCGUAGCUCUCCGAGAGAUCCGCCGGUACCAGAAGUCUACUGAGCUGCUGAUCCGCAAGCUGCCCUUUCAGCGCCUGGUGAGGGAAAUCGCACAGGAUUUCAAGACCGACCUGCGCUUCCAGAGCUCAGCCGUGAUGGCUCUGCAGGAGGCUAGCGAGGCUUACUUAGUUGGUCUGUUCGAAGACACCAAUCUGUGCGCUAUCCAUGCCAAGCGUGUGACCAUCAUGCCUAAGGACAUCCAGCUGGCCCGCCGUAUCCGUGGCGAACGAGCGUAAGGCUCUAGUGCUGCUAUUCUGGAACCAAAAGGCUCUUUUCAGAGCCAUCUACCUAUU